UCACUAUUAAACCCAAGAGACAGGAGCACAGAGUAAGAAGCACACAAGAAUCUGCAAACUCAUUGGGUCUUGCUCAUUAAUGACCCUCAUCAGUUUCGCAGGAUUUCCAGCCACUACUACACUUCAAACCCAAAAAGAUGUCCAUGGUUACAACUCCUGAUUUGAAAUAAAGCAGAUAAGGUUAGGUCUAAUGUCAGUCUUACCGAUGCCUCAAGUAAAGCAGAUGUGUUGAUCAGCUUUUUCUCAUUUGGUUGAGAGAUGAUGAGUUUCUGGUGUGUAUAUAUAUAAGGAAAAUAAAAGAUCAGAGAACUGUAAACUACCGCGUGAAAAUGAAGAAACAGAUCAGCCAUGGAUAUGGUUUUCCUAUAAUUAGAUUUCUUACACGGAAAGGCAAACGAUUCUGUACCUCAGAAACAUUUUAAAAGAAGAAAAGGCAAUAGAAUAUUCUACCGCGUCUGGAAGAUUUCAAAGACAAUCUCAAUCAUAAACAUCUGUUUUCCUUUUUCUUUUUAUUCAGUUUCUCUAUUAUAAAUCUGCAUCGUGGGGUCAGACCCUCUAAACAAAAACAUCAACUCAUAGAAGAAAAAAAAGAGUUUGUGUUUUGUUGCUGUUCUCUAUUCAGUUUUUGUUGUUGAUCGAAAAUGGCAUCAAACGACGCUGGAAGGCCGUUACCAAAAUUUGGGGAUUGGGAUGUGAAUGAUCCCGCGACAGCAGAUGGAUACACGGUGAUAUUCAGCAAAGCCGGUGAAGAUAAGAAGACAGGAAGGAGUUCGACUAAGACGAAUUCUCAGAGGAAACAAGACGGUGAUAAGCCAGCGGUCAAGAAAUGGCUCUGUUUCACAUUUUCUUGAUUUCUUUUUCUUGUGUACAUUGUUGUCAUUCUAAGAAAGAAACUAGCUUUGAACCUUUGACAACUUUUGUCCUAGAAGUUUUCUUAUGAUGAAUCAGUUCUGCGUUGUGUAUAUUACAGAAUCAACAAAACUUUCAGCUCCAAAUUUCUAGUUGAAGAAUGGAAACACUUGGCGAAAUGAGGAUGUUGAAACAUAAUAAUUGUUUUGAGGUGAUCCAUCAUCAAGCUC